CGGCCGGGUUGGGGGGCUCCCUACAGGCCUGGGGCCGGGGAGACGCUGCGGGAUUCCGUAUUGGGGUCCGCACUUCUGUUUUGCUUCUAUUUUUUCCGAGACAGUCCGAUGUAGUCUACGCUAGUCUCCCAGGCGGCUGUGUAGCUCGGGCUGGCCUUGAACUCCAGGUCCUCUGCCCGUACCUCCCAAGAGCUGGGAUGACAGGCGUGCACUGCCACACCAGGGUUAUGGGGGUGCUGAGCCAACAGCGUGCCUGCUAGGAGAGCGCUCUACCAACUCUUACAACCCUAGCGGUUAGUUCCUGAUCCCCCAGCAGCAUGGCGUCCUGGGCCGAGCCCUCUGAGCCCGCUGCCCGGCCGCCUGCGGGGGUCCCACCACUGGAGGACUUUGAGGUGCUUGAUGGGGUAGAAGAUGCAGAGGGGGAGGAGGAGGAAGAAGAGGAAGAGGAGGAAGAUGACCUAAGUGGGCUGCCACCACUGGAGGAUAUGGGGCAGCUGACAGUGGAGGAGGCUGAGCAGCCGGGAGCCCUGGCUCGGGAGUUCCUGGCAGCCACAGAACCUGAGCCAGCCCCAGCCCCAGCCCCUGAAGAGUGGCUGGACAUCCUGGGGAAUGGAUUGCUGCGGAAGAAGACGCUGGUCCCUGGCCCACCAGGCUCUAGCCGCCCACUCAAGGGCCAGGUGGUGACCGUGCACCUGCACAUGUCCCUGGAAAAUGGCACCCGAGUACAGGAAGAGCCUGAGCUGGCCUUCACGCUGGGAGACUGCGAUGUUAUCCAGGCCCUGGACCUCAGUGUCCCGCUCAUGGAUGUGGGCGAGACAGCCAUGGUCACUGCUGACUCCAAGUACUGCUACGGUCCCCAAGGCAGCAGGAGCCCAUACAUCCCCCCCCACGCAGCCCUGUGCCUGGAAGUCACCCUGAAGAAGGCAGAGGAUGGACCUGACCUGGAGAUGCUGAGUGGGCAGGAGCGUGUGGCUCUGGCCAACCGCAAGCGGGAGUGUGGCAAUGCCCACUACCAGCGUGCUGACUUUGUGCUGGCUGCCAACUCCUAUGACCUGGCCAUCAAGGCCAUCACCUCCAGCGCCAAAGUGGACAUGACCUGUGAGGAAGAGGAGCAGUUGCUGCAGCUGAAGGUCAAGUGUCUGAACAAUCUUGCGGCAUCGCAGCUGAAGCUGGACCACUACCGUGCAGCGCUGCGCUCCUGCAGCCAGGUGCUGGAGCACCAGCCUGACAACAUCAAGGCACUGUUCCGCAAAGGCAAGGUGCUGGCUCAGCAAGGCGAAUAUAGCGAGGCCAUCCCCAUCCUGAGGGCUGCCCUGAAGCUGGAACCUUCCAACAAGACGAUCCACGCGGAGCUCUCAAAGCUGGUAAAGAAGCGUGCUGCACAGAGGAGCACAGAGACUGCCCUGUACCGAAAGAUGCUGGGCAACCCCAGCCGGCUGCCUGCCAAGUGUCCGGGCAAGGGGGCCUGGUCCAUCCCAUGGAAGUGGCUGUUUGGGGCGACUGCUGUGGCCUUGGGGGGCGUGGCUCUCUCUGUGGUCAUUGCUGCCAGGAACUGACUGCCCCCUGCGCACCUGGACCCUGACCUGUGCUCCCCAACUCCCCCAGGCUCCCUGUCCACUGCCCUCCCUGGCCAAACCGCCUCCUCUGGGUUGGGGGGGCAAGGAUUGAGGGUCACGCACCCCAACAAGCAGGAAGGACUAAGGCCCUGAAGGGGGGUGUGGGGUGCAGCCCAGAGGGAGGGGCCCUGUUCCUCCAAACCCAGUUGUCUCUGUUCCACACCCCUGCCCUGGGGGGGAGGUCAGGCCUCGGUUUCUCCCUCUUAGUAGGCCUGGGGGCGGCCCUUACUACUAGUCCUGCCCACCUGCCCUCCUGUCCAGGCCCCACCCCCUCACAGUGAAUGAAAUAAAGCCUCACCCCGCA